GCCCGGGCGUUAGCUGCGUCCCGGCUCGGAGCCCGCGAAGAGGACCUGGAGGAAGGCGCCGCGGUGGCCGUGGGCGCAGUGCUCUGGACCCGGCAAGCCAUGAACAGCGGCCCCGCGGGCCACCCUGCGGUCGCUGGCCGCCACUGAGCCCGGCCGGGAGACACCUCGCGGCUCCCCAGUACCCUCCGCAGUGGGCACCCUCGCGCGCAGAGAAACAUGAUUCCAGUGACAGAAUUCCGGCAGUUCUCUGAGCAGCAGCCUGCCUUCCGGGUGCUGAAACCAUGGUGGGAUGUGUUCACCGAUUACCUUUCAGUGGCCAUGCUGAUGAUCGGUGUGUUUGGAUGUACUUUACAGGUCAUGCAAGACAAGAUAAUUUGCCUUCCAAAAAGAGUUCAGCCAUCUCAGAACCACUCUUCCCUUUCAAAUGUGUCUCAGGCAGUGGCUGCAACAACCCCCUUGCCUCCACCUAAACCAUCUUCGACGACCCCCGUCACUGUGGAGAUGAAAGGCCUGAAGACAGAUCUGGACCUCCAGCAGUACAGCUUUAUAAACCAGAUGUGCUAUGAGCGAGCCCUCCACUGGUAUGCCAAGUACUUCCCUUACCUUGUCCUCAUCCAUACCCUGGUCUUCAUGCUCUGCAGCAACUUUUGGUUCAAAUUCCCUGGCUCCAGCUCCAAAAUAGAACAUUUUAUCUCCAUCCUGGGGAAGUGUUUUGACUCCCCCUGGACCACACGGGCUUUGUCAGAAGUGUCCGGAGAGGACUCAGAAGAGAAGGACAACAGGAAGAACAACCUGAGCAGGUCCAACACCACCCAGUCUGGCCCAGAAGGCAACCUGGUCAACUCUCAGUCGUUAAAGUCAAUUCCCGAGAAGUUCGUGGUGGACAAAACUACUGCAGGGGCUCUGGAUAAGAAGGAAGGAGAGCAAGCAAAGGCCUUAUUUGAGAAGGUGAAGAAGUUCAGGCUGCAUGUAGAAGAAGGUGAUAUACUGUAUGCUAUGUAUGUUCGCCAGACUGUGCUUAAGGUUAUAAAAUUCCUAAUCAUCAUCGCGUACAAUAGUGCCCUGGUUUCCAAGGUCCAAUUUACAGUGGACUGUAAUGUUGACAUUCAGGACAUGACUGGAUAUAAGAACUUCUCUUGCAAUCAUACCAUGGCACACUUGUUCUCAAAACUUUCCUUCUGCUACCUGUGCUUUGUAAGUAUCUAUGGUCUGACAUGCCUUUAUACCUUGUACUGGCUGUUCUACCGUUCUCUGCGGGAAUACUCUUUUGAGUAUGUCCGGCAGGAGACUGGUAUUGAUGAUAUUCCUGAUGUGAAAAAUGACUUUGCUUUUAUGCUUCAUAUGAUAGAUCAGUAUGACCCUCUGUAUUCCAAGAGAUUCGCAGUGUUCCUGUCUGAAGUGAGUGAAAACAAAUUAAAGCAGCUAAACUUAAAUAACGAGUGGACCCCCGAUAAACUGAGACAGAAGCUACAGACGAAUGCCCACAACCGCCUAGAGUUGCCUCUCAUCAUGCUCUCUGGCCUUCCAGACACUGUUUUUGAAAUUACAGAGUUGCAAUCUCUAAAGCUUGAGAUCAUUAAGAAUGUAAUGAUACCGGCCACUAUUGCGCAGCUAGACAAUCUCCAAGAGCUCUCUCUACACCAGUGCUCAGUCAAAAUCCACAGCGCGGCACUCUCUUUCCUAAAGGAAAACCUCAAGGUCUUGAGCGUCAAGUUUGACGAUAUGAGAGAACUGCCCCUCUGGAUGUAUGGACUUAGGAACCUGGAAGAGCUCUACCUGGUUGGCUCUCUAAGUCACGAUAUUUCCAGAAAUGUCACCCUUGAGUCUCUGCGAGAUCUCAAAAGCCUUAAAAUUCUCUCUAUCAAAAGCAAUGUUUCCAAAAUCCCUCAGGCAGUGGUGGACGUUUCCAGCCACCUCCAGAAGAUGUGCAUCCACAACGACGGCACCAAGCUGGUGAUGCUCAACAAUUUAAAGAAGAUGACCAACCUCACGGAGCUGGAGCUGGUCCACUGUGACCUGGAGCGCAUUCCUCACGCCGUGUUCAGCCUGCUCAGCCUCCAGGAAUUGGACCUCAAGGAAAAUAAUCUGAAAUCUAUAGAGGAAAUCGUUAGCUUCCAGCACUUGAGGAAGCUCACAGUGCUAAAACUGUGGCAUAACAGCAUCACCUACAUCCCAGAGCACAUAAAGAAACUCACCAGCCUGGAGCGUCUGUCCUUCAGUCACAACAAAAUAGAGGUGCUGCCUUCCCACCUCUUCCUCUGCAACAAAAUCCGAUACUUGGACUUAUCCUACAAUGACAUUCGUUUUAUCCCACCCGAAAUCGGAGUCCUACAAAGUUUACAGUAUUUUUCCAUUACUUGUAACAAAGUGGAGAUACUUCCAGACGAACUCUACUUCUGCAAGAAACUUAAAACUCUGAAGAUUGGGAAAAACAGCCUCUCAGUACUUUCACCUAAAAUUGGAAAUUUACAGUUUCUUUCCUACUUAGACGUUAAAGGCAAUCACUUUGAAAUCCUCCCUCCUGAACUGGGCGACUGUCGGGCUCUGAAGAGGGCUGGCUUAGUGGUGGAAGAUGCUUUGUUUGAAACUCUGCCUUCUGAUGUUCGGGAGCAAAUGAAAGCAGAAUAACUUAUUUUUAUUUUAAAGUUUGACUGAUACAUGCUUCUACCAAAUACAGUAUACAUAAUUAGGUAGUUUUAAUGCUCUUCCUAUUUUAUGUUUUUUUUUUCCUUUUCACAGGAAACAAAAUGUACACAAAGAUUGAGUAAGGAGUAUGUAUUUUUUAAUAAAAAUUUAAUUGUAUUUUUUCAGUAUUAAUAUUUUAAAGUUUUAUUUGUCCUGGAACCUAAUGUACCUAUUAUUAUUGUUUUCUACUUGCAGAAACAGAUGGUUCAGUCUGUUUUUGUUGUGUUUUCAGUUCAUUCUUGUGAAGGGGAGAGAAUUUUAGUUGCAUUUUUUUCAGUAUUUUUUUAAAUAGAUGAAGCUGUUUUGCCAAGGUCAUUCUUAGCUUGUUUACAUCUGUCCAGUUCCCUUUUGUGUCAUUGUUUGUACACAAGGAAUCUGUGCUGGUUAUUUUAAUCCCAGCUGCCUUCUCUGUCGGCCAUGCCCUCCACUGUAUAUAGGAUAUUCUUUUCUGGAGUGUAAACUCACGCAAGUGCAUUGUCACAGAUUAUUAUUUUAAAAUUUUCCCCCAUCUCUAAGUUAUGUUAUUUCAAAUACCUGUCAGUCAAAGUUAUCCUUAGAUGAGGGUUUUUUAAGUGAGUGUUUAAGAUGAGGGUUUUUUAAAGAUUAAAAAGAUUUUUUAAUCUUUAUGGAAGAUUUUUUAAUAAUCUUCCAUAGCUGGCAUGCGUGAAUUGGUCCUUUAUAAUUUGAUUUCCAUUUUAUUAACAUUUGAAAAUAUUUUAAAACUAAAUACAGAGGCCCCCCCCUUUAAUCUCAAUGUAGCUAUAUAAUACUGGUGAACAACCUUAGAGAAGUUAGAUUUAUUUUAAUUAAAAUAGGUAAUUAAAUUUAAAUAUCAUAGAAUAGAAGCCUGGUUUUUGAAUAAUUUAAUCAUCUUUGAUGUCUUGAUAUGUAGCUAAAUCAGAUGGAAAAAAUUCACUACUAAAGCACUCUGUCAAAGACCCAGUGCGCGCCAGCCGGGCAGUGUGGAAUCCAUUCAAAUUCUGCCUGUUGCACAGAAUAAUCCAUGUAUAUGUAUAUUUAAUCAGUUUCCCUCAAGUCUGCCCUUGCUGUGAGUGCUAGUGAGGCAAGCACAGGAACGCUUUCUGCUCUCUUUGGCUUAAAAUAAGUAUCUCAUAGAAUGGUUCUGUUACUUUUGUUUGAAAUGUGAACAAAUUGCUAAGUGGGUGUCACUUAGCAAUAAUUUUUUCCAGUGAUCAGUAGAGCUUUCAUGUAUCUUUGUACUUAAAAAUCCAAUACGGUGUGGGUCUCAGGAAGAAUUUUUCAAUAACCAUUGAGUUGUGUGGAACAGGAACACGGAAGUACGAUCCCUCCAUCCGGGAGCAGCACUACUGAUCAUGGAAUUUUGUGUUACUUACCGAAUCACAUUGACCGUUUUCCAUGUCUAGUCUUCUGCAAGACAGUUUUGUGACACAACAGAGAGUAGGAAGAUGAUUAGGAGUUUCAAAAUGCCACCUCUAAAAUUUGCUCCUUGGACUGCUCAGUGCUAAUCUGAGUCACGUGACACGCAGCCACAGGAGCUGAGCAGGUACACCUACCGCAUCUGUGCUCCUCUUGUUAGAUACAGCACAUCGUGGGGGAGGGACUUGGGAAAGACAUGCUUUUCACUUAUUUAAUAAUCUAAUCAUGCAGCCCAGAUUUCUUCACUAUUUCUGCUCUAUGUUAAAGUGUUAGAAUGGUGAUUUUGUGUAACUGAUUUAUUUCGACCUCUAAUUGAAACAGUAUGUUUAAAAUAAUAACAUGGUUGUAUUUCUCAUAGGAUAAAACACUCAAUUCCAGAAUAUUGUUAAGAUCCUGGUGAUGAACAUUGUGCUGUAUUUAGGAACAUGGCCCUAUCUUGCUUUAAACAAAGAACAAACAAAAAAUGUGGGAGACUGUCCGUGGCUGAGCACAAGGGAAAUACCUGGCUGAGAGUAGACUUGGAUAACCACCGUUAAACACUGGGUGCACUGUUCUUCUGUAUGAAAUGUAUGGUUAUUUUCUAUAUCGCCCUUCAAAAGGGAUCUAUUCAGGUUAAAAAUCAUAUUUAUGCUCAAGUCCUUAUCUGGUGUCAAAGCAUAAUCUCAUAUGUGUUCAUUACUGAAGUCACUAAUAAUUAUCACUUACAACAACUUGCUUAAAGUUCUAAAAGAAUUUGAUUUGCUUUCUUAAUGAUUUUGCAGGCUGACCCUUAAUUUAUGUUUUAAAUAACAUCCAAAAAAUUAGUAUAGUUCUGUGACUUUAUGUUUUCAUUAAAAGGGAAAAUUCAUAGAUGUUUCUAUUAGAUUUUAUAAAGUUUCAAAAUUCUCAGACUUUAUCUUGAGUCAAAGUUUUCUGACUCUGGCCCUUUUUAAUACCGAUUUUUGUUCACAUUCUUAAGUAAAAAGCAUUCAAUUACUACUUAGCCUUUAAAUGGGAAACUCAGGUAACUGAACUGCUGACUUUUCUGAAGUUCUUUAACAGAUAAACUUCAUAUAAAAGGGGUGUUUACCUAAUCUUUUUUGUAUUUUACAAGUGCAAUUGCUAAAAAAAAAACAGCUAGCUCUAUUUCUCCAACCCCUAUAGGAUUCAUGGGAAACUGCUCAAUGUAGCUUUAAAGCACCAGUGUUCUCAUAACUCCUAUGGCUACUUGAAGCCCUUAAAGGGUACGCUUUUUGGUCUGUUUUAAUGGGCAAGUGUAGAACGGUCUGGCUCAUGGUCUGGUUGAAACAGAGCAUAUAAGUAUAUCCCAGUGGAACUCCCAAAAGAAGACCACACCUCUGAAAAGUAAUUAUGUGUUUUUAUUUUGUUUUGUUUUUAACAACGAUUUUAAUAUAAAGGUUCGUUGUACAGUGAAACCUGUUAGUUACGAUUAUAAAUUUUUUUUUUAUUGUUCACCCACCAUUUUUCCUGCCACACACUCCUCAUAUAGCUAUUGUAAUGAGUUCUGCAUCCUGCUUUUUCAGAAAGGCAUGGGAAAGGUGCCUGCCAUGGGUGUUUUGUUCAUUUAGAGGUGGUUCCUUACCUGUCUCUCAAGCCAUCUUUGUAGAGAGGGGCCUACACAACCUGGCAUCUUCUUUGGGUUACUUGGGAUAAGAGCAGCUUGAGUUCUUGCAAUACAAUCUCUGACACUAAGAAAGAGGACAAAAUCUUUACCUCUUGUUGCCAUCUCCCCCAAGGGAAGUUUGCUGUUACUCAUUUUCCUAAUUCUACAAGAAAAGUUCAUUUUUAAGUAGUUUAUUUUCCUCUCUAAUUUCAUACUAAAUACCUGAUCAAUGAUAAUGACAUAUUUACUUAAAGUGAACAUUCAUGGUACAUCUUUAGGAAAACUGUCGGCAGUACUCAGUCGAGAAUAGAUAAAUUUCAAUUUGUGUUUAGAGACUAAAUGAAGAUUCAAUUCACAUUCCCUUAUUAAUACAGCGAUUAUGUUACUCAAACAGUUCACAUUUGGGUAGGAUCUCAGCAACUCAGGGUCGGGUUCCAUGCUAACCCCAACUUAGCAAACAGCGCAGUUACUCAUGAGGGAGAUGCCUCAAAGGUCUGCAAGUUUUCCCACCUUUCCUUGAUUAUUUAGACAGAAUGUAAGAAAUUUUGGACAGUCUUGCCCAGAACUGCCACUGAUCUUUCAGAUUUCGGCCUCAAUGACAUGCUUCUAAUACAAUGUUAUACUACCUUCCAAACUAGGGAUCCACUCAUUACAUUUUCCCAAGCCAUUUACUGAUACAGGUGACAUCCUUAAAAGUUCAUUUUGGGAGAAAGGGAGAGGGUCUCCUCUCACUCCAAGGAAUUUUUUUUUUAAUCAAAAAGCCUUUGGAAAGGGUUAUGUAACUUUGAACUUAAUUUCUGGGCCAUAUUAAAUAACAGUUCUUAUUCAUGUUUUUUAAUGUGGUAUAAAUAAUGUUUUCUGCUAAAUACCAUCCCCCCACCUGAUUCUGCCUCUUUAAUGAAAUAUUUUUAAUGAAAUCCAAUGCCUUAUGUGCUCACUCAGUUUUCCUUCUGCCUCUUGUAUUCUGUCACUGUCUCUGUGUUCAGAUUGUGUCAAAUGCUGGCAACACCUCUCAGACUGUCAAGGAAAAUGCUUGAAAGUUGAAUUGUCAUCAUGCAAAUUCAUGAUAAAAUGUCUUAAUGUUAUCUGGCUAUGUAGUACAUAGGAAGAAGAAAUAAAUAAAGUCACUUUUGUAAUUUAAA